AAUAUCUCCGAAGAGUGAAAAGUUACUGUACAAUGCGGGCUCGUUUACUUUCAUCAAUUACUAAUGCCAUACGCCUGGUAGAAAUCGUUCCAAUAUGAAAAGAACCAUCGACACGAUGGUUGGUGGCUCUUAAAAAUGUUGAACCUUUGGCCGUUAUCCGUCUUUUACCGUGUAUAUUUUGGAACUAUGAAGUUCAAAGAGCGUUUUGCGUUUUGUAUUUGUAUUGUUCUUCUCGUUAUUCCAUUCAUUUGGUUACGAAUGCGCGCGGCGGACGAAAAGCAUCCAUUGUUGCUUUCUGUUAGUAGUCAGAAUUCACGAUUUCUUGCGGAUGAAACGGAUUAUAACGGAAUUGAUCAUUCUCAUGUCAAUAUACAAAGAUCAGAGGAAGGAACAAAUCAUCUCAAAACGAACCGAAAAGAUGUGGAUCGAUCGCUAGAAAAAAGAUCUGCACCUACGGUUACGAAUCAUGAGGACAAGGACGGUGAAAAGAAAGUAGAGAAAAAUAUUGGAAAAAAUAACGAUAUAGACUACGAAUUUGAUGAUCCCUGGUCUAUAUGGGAAAACAUGCUAAAGUCACGACAAAUAACGUCUCCAGACGAUGUAGAUGGAGUGAAUAUGAUACUAGAGGGCAUGAUGUAUAAACCGAUUGUGGCGGCCAACGUUGGCGUUAGAGGGACGCAGUUAAAAGCCACCUUAACUCUUGAGGGAAAACAGAGAGUAGUAUUUAAGCCAAUGCGGUAAGAAUGAGAAGCUAUCAUGCACUGAAUAAUAAUAAUAAUAAUAAUAAUAAUAAUAAUAAUAAUAAUAAUAAUAAUAAUAACUAUUAAAACCCUUUAUAGGGUCAAAAUGGCUCUCAAAUGAUAGAUUCUUGUUGUGAAGUGGCUCACUUGAGUGGUAAUGUUAAUACAAUAUCAACAUCUUUAUUUUUCUCACUUUGAAAUGCUCUAUGGGACCAAUGUUAUGUAUACAAAGUAUGUUAAAAUAGAACUGAAUAGAGUUAGAAGGCUAGUGGGUCUUUUCAUAUACGUGAUCAAUGAAGAAUGAAGAACAUUUGAGCAUCAGACUGAAAAAUUUGUUUGGCUUUGAUCACGUGUGUCUCUCCAGCUAGAUCAGGCCUGAAGCUAUCCCGAAGAUGGGGUAACCAUCCCACAUUUCUCUCAUGCACCAAAUUUCAAAAAUCAAGGAUGAACUUUUGUAGCGUCACACCUCACCUACAAAUUAAUUUCUUAUUAUUUAAGUAAUAUUUUUAGUAGUAUUUUUUUGUUGCUGUUCGUUUUAAUUCAAAGAGGACAGUAGUCAAUGUAAUCCAACUAAUGUGAUGCCAGUGCAUCAGUCAUUUGCAUUGAUUGGAACCACACUCACACUACUAAACAUCAGAAGAAAAAUUAAUUUGCAUUAGGGUUAAAAGCUUCUCAACUGAAGUGUUAAUGAAGACGUGUAUGUACUUAGGUUAAAUAUUGCGUUAGAUAUUGAGAGUGUCAUCUAAAAUAGGCCUAGGCAAAAUAAAGCAAAGUCAGAUUGAUUUACAAUUUGUUUUCUUCAGAUACCCCAGAGAUUUUAUAGUAGAGGGAACUCCAUAUGCUGGUUUUGAUAGACACAAUGGAGAGAUUGCUGCAUUUCAUUUGGAUAGGUAAAUCAUAAAAAUGUCGUAGAAUGCUAUGAUAAGAGAGCCCUAUUAAUACACUUCCUGAAUUCAGUUGUUGCUAGACAACCAGAUCUUGGCUCAUAAUCCACUAAAACCCCAUCACAUUAAACACACUUUGUAUGGAGAUGUUUAUCUCAUGCCAUCCAUCUUGGACACAAACACAGAAACUCAUGACUAAAUAUACUUUUUCAUGGCAAAUUAUGUAAAUAAAAGUGAGAAACAACUAAUGAUAGUGAUAAACAAAUGAUGAAAAUUAUGAUAGUAACAAUUUAAAUAUCAUAGUAAAAAAUAUUUCAUUAGUAAUAAUUAUGAAUUAUAAUUAUGUUGUUACCAUUGUUAUUAUUAUCAUAAUAAUUAUUAAACAAUAAAAGAUGUUUAGUUUAGUUUUGAAUCUAGUGGAAAUUGAGUUUUGGUAGCUAUUUAUUUUUUCUUGAUUAUUUAGGGAUUAAAUUCUGAUUACACAAUCAAUAAAAUCAAUUUUUCUUACUAUCAAUUUAUUUUUGAAGAAUUUUAGGUUUCUACCGGGCACCACCAGUUGUUGGAAGAAAAAUAAACUUAGAAGAUGAAAUAGAACCAAUUGGAGACAAGAGGCUUCUGGACACAUUCUUUAAGAAAGGUAAGGCAGCUUUUAACUAUUUAAAGAAACUGAGAGGGGAAUUUUCUAAACAUGUCAUGUUUCCUUUUCUUUUUUUUUGUUAACAAACUCAAGCUCAAAAAUGUAUAUAACUGAAGUAUCUGCAUUGUGUCUUUGAUAAGCUCUAGUCUACCUCUCAUAAAUUGUAAUUUCCUUGCCAAGUGUAAAUACUGCUUAAUAUGUAGAAUAAGCUAAUUAUUGAUUUAAAAUUUGUAAUGCUAGUAAGCUUCAUAUAAUUUGUGUUAUAAGCUAGUUUAAGAGAAAAAUCCCUUCAUAAGUAUUCUUAAACUUGAGUAUUGAUAGAUAUAAAUAGAAAUAGGGUUUGUAUAAUAAGUAACAUAAGCAUUGUUAGUAUAGUAAUUAUUGUAAAGACAAUUUCAGAAAAAAAUGUUAUCUCGUAAUGAUCCAUAAAUAUGAAUCAGUUAAUCACAGAAGACUUAGCAAUCUACAGCUGUAAAUCUUACUUAAUGUAACCUUUCAUGCCCUAACAUCAGUAUCCACAUUCUCCAUAGUGUUCUUUAUACCUUUGUUUGGUACUGAAAAGGAGAAUUUGUAUGAAAAUCAAGAACAUCAUAAAUUUGUGAUCAUUUUCGUUAUUCUUAUGACCUUUAAAUUUGAUUUAAGGGUAGUACUGUAUGGAGAAAUUAGAAGCCAGUCGCUCAUAGUGGUUGAAGGGUUAAAUGAAUCAAAAUGAUGUGGUGAUUGUUGUUUUUCAUUCAGAUGGAAAUACUUGCUUCUAUGGCCGAUGCUACUACUGUAACAAAAAGAAUGCUGCCUGUGCCAAUGGUACAAUUAUGGAAGGCUCAGUAACACUGUGGCUACCAAAAGGAUGGAAUCUUGGAAAGUGGGCUCAUCCUUGGAUAAGAGCAUACAGUGGAGCCAGAAAGGCUCUGUGAGUGAAUUGUAUGAUGCAUCUUGUGUAUACUCCCUAACAUCAGUAUGCAUAUUCUCCAUACUGUUCUCUAUAUAUUUCCUUGCUUAUAAGGAGAAUUUUUUUAACAAUCUGAGGCUUCUUUAGUUGAUGAUCAUUUCUUUGAUUCUCUUGACCUUAAUGUAUGAUUCAGGGGUGAUUUUGUGAAGAAAUAUUAGACGGUUGUCACUCUUUGGGCUUAAAGGAUUUAUAGUAUGCAAAGGACUGACUGUUGAAGUCAUGAGGAGAAAAGUGUUGGGAAAUAGAAAGAAAUAAAGACAUCUAACUAUUUUCAGAAAAACAAACCAUUGGGGAAAAAACUUGUCUUUUUGGUAUGGAGUUAGAUCCUUGAGGGUGAGCUCAUGGGGACAAAGGUGUCAGGAAAUUGGAAGAGAUAGAAAUAUCUAAAUCUUUGAAAGAAGAAAAAAAGUAGCAAAACUUGUCAUUUUGGUUUCUUGCACCUGUAUAUCUAUACAUAAAAAAAAAAUGACAUACCAGUGUAGUGCAUGUUAGUGGCAAAGUUGUUUACAAUUCUCUAUCAAGAAUUCAACACAUAUUGAACAGAGAAAGGAUUGAACCCCUACCGAUGGUUAUCUUUACACAGAUGGGAGACUGACAAUAACUACUGUAAGAACAAGGUAUUGAACAAGCCUCCAUAUAAUUUUGGUCCUCGCUUGUUAGAUCUCUUGGACACAGCACUGUUUGACUUCCUAAUCGGUAGGUACCUCUUGGCUGACAGUAUUCAUUUGGUAUUGUCUGUGAGGGAAAUGGUGGGCAUUUGGUGCCGCUCAUGCUCAUCAGAAAUCUUACAACAAAAUAAGAGCAAGAUCUUUUUGUCUUUUUACACACUAUUAUGUCACAGCAAAUGCAUUUACUGAAUUCUAGUUGACUGAUUUCGUGUAAUUUACACGCAUUUUGCACAUAGUCUAGCAUCUUUUGUUACGCGUAGGUGCGUGUAGUGACGUGCAGUGUUCGUGUUUCGUGCGUUUAGUGUGUGGUAAGUGCACGUGAGUUGAGCCCGUGUAAUGCUAUUGUGCAUUAUAGCGGCACUAUAAGUAAUGAGGGUUUGCGUUAAUUUAGCGUAUUUUGAUCAGUAACUGGAGUAGAGAAUGUGCACUAUUCUUUCAACUAAUCACAUACAAAAACUAAAAGUAUUUUGGCUUGGUCAUUCGCGUUUUCCUCAUUUUUAUGAAUCUACCUUGAGUUCUCAUUUUGUUUCUGUGAUUACUUCCCUUGCUCCAGAAUGAUCCAUUCCAGCUUCAAUUGUUCGAGUUCUAAUUAUUGAAUAUUGAAUAUUUUACGAUAUUGAAAACUUAGAAAGAUUCGAUUCUAUGAUUCAUCAGGCAAUGCAGACAGGCAUCACUACGAAACCUUUAAAGACGAGGGAGACACUGGAAUGCCACUGCAUCUGGAUAACGCUAAGAGGUACGUGUUUUGCGAUGAGUCGUUAGAACUUUAUAGAGCGUUCACUGAUCUGUUUAUUUUAUAAGUUCAUCAUUGUUUUAGAAAAACAAAAUCAACAGACACAGUAAGCUGACCAUUUCAUUUCUUAACAGUGUGUAACAAGUGACAACCUAUCCAAAGCGAAAGACAUUCCUGAAGGUUGCCAGCCUAAGCUGUUAUCUUAAUAUGCCAGCCCAGGAAUACACCUUUGUUUUAUUUCUUCCGCUCGCGUGGUAUAAUUUACCAUUUCACAUUAACAUGAAGUGAUCUAAAAUGAGGGGGAAUUUUAUUAUCCUUCCUCUUUCAGCUUCGGCGAUCCUUAUCGCGAUGAAAUGUCCAUCUUGGCUCCUAUCUAUCAAUGUUGCAGGUAAGAAGGAAAAGAGGCAUCUUAGAUGAAAUUAAUAUCUAAAUUUGUGUGAGAAAUAUAAGUGGCCUCGUGGUAACACCUCUUUCUCUCUCGUUAAUAAACCACCGUUUCAUUCAAAGGCCCAUAAAGUUUCUUUCUCCUGCUAUCUCUCCCUGUUAGAGCCCUACAGGCUGUAUAUCUGCUCAGUGAACUCGAGAAAUUGACCAAUCAGCGCUUUUGCUUUGAUUUGCUGAUUUCGCUAAUAAUAAUAAUAAUAAUAAUAAUAAUAAUUAUUAUAAUAAUAAUAAUAAUAAUAAUUAUAAUAAUAAUAAUAAUAAUAAAAUAUUUAUAUAGCGCUCAAUCCACUAUUUGUCCAUGGUGCCUUACAUUAAAAAGAUAUUUAAAAAGCUAAAAGUUCUACAACAUUAUGAAAAGAAAGUAUCACGUAAGUUACAUCUGAUGUUGCAUUUAGUUUUAAACGAAAAAAGGAGUUCAGUCUCCGACCUCCUUGAAUUUUCGCUAGAGAAAUAUCAAUUCCCCUUUUUUAAAUUUAAUUUUUUGUUGAGGUGGUUUUGAACAAAAAAAGUGUGCUGUCGGCUGUUAUAUCGUCGUCAAUCAGAACAUCAAAUCGAGCUCUCUUGGCAUUAAUGCGGACGUCUCAGAAAAUACAUUUCUGUUCGAGAGACUGUCUUUAAAAAGCUUAUGGGCAUAGAUAUAUCCUAAAGGCUGAACUCGAGCUUUGCUCUCUCUCUCCUUCUCUCUCCUCUCAUUUUUUCUUGGUUGACUGAGUAAUUUCUUACCUCACUUUUAGACUUCGCCUUUCCACUUGGAACCGCUUUCAAUCUAUCGCCAGAGGGAAGAUGUCUCUAAGUGAACUUUUACGGAAAGCCACCGAGAAUGAUCCUGUGUCACCGGUACUUUCCGAUCCACACUUCAAAGCCAUCGACAGAAGAUUGAAAAUUAUUGUUAAUACAGUAAAUAAGUGUCUUGAAGAUCAUGGAGAGGAAAGAGUUUUAAUUAUCGAAGAUAUGGUUUAAAAUUUCAUCUCAAAAGCAGUAUUUAUUUGGAAUAUGUCGACCUUAAUUAGAAAAUAUAUGUUAGGUCAAUCUAUAAAUGUACUUUCGUGGAUAUUUUUGGAAAGGGGGUUUUCACGUUCUACUCAAGAGUACAUGAUAUGUUUUAUGUUAUACCGUAAGAAUGUUUCGAAGAAGUUCACGUUUCAUCUUUAAAUCCCAUGAUCCGAAUAGGAACUCUCCGCUUAGCUGCUUCAUAUUAUUUUAUGGACUAGGCGCCCUUUUAGCUGAUUUGUUUUUCUAUUUUCAUUACCUGCGGGCUGGAUACGUACUAAAACUGUGAGGAGAAGUUAAGCUUUAAUUAGUUGCAGAAGAUGAAUGUUUGUUGCGCAGGUUCUUUUCGUAUGCCUGGGAACUAGGCUGGCUUUUAAUCGGCUAACAAGCCUGUUCCAGGCGUUCAGUUAGUAAAAUGGAGCGAAACAGUAUGCGGCGCGAUAAAAAAGAAGCGAGGGAGGUCUGGGUCGCGUCGAGCUAAGUCUCCCUCAUUUUUUCGCUCCUCCUCCCCCCGCUUACUAUCGCGCUUCGUUGAACUACUUGAACGCUCGUAACAGGCUAUCGGCCAACCAGUCGCUCUAACGGAGGGCUAACGCUCGAAACGUCAUUUCUGGAAUUUCUCUGCCGUAGCCAAUUUACAUUGACCCGAGUUGAUGAAGCGAAAUUAUUUCUACCUCUCAAAACUUUCUCUCUCUUAAGUGACCCAAAAGAAAUUUCUCCUCACAGUAUACAUACGUUUAUAGCAGAAGAGUGAUGAAAAGAAAGAAAGACAUCAACUUAGAGAUAGUUUGAUUUGACAUUAAAUUUUAAGAACGAAAAUUAUUAGAAAUGGAUUGCAGAUAGCGAGGAGAAUUGGUAUUUAGAUCAUGGGAUUGAAAAAGUUUAUCUAGUAUUAGGCUCCUUGUAGAGAAGGACUCUUAAAAUCCCUUAUGGCACCCUUGUGGGGCAAGUAAGGACUUAUAAGGACCCUCGUGGGGCGAGUCAUUUUUCAUCGCCUGGGGCGUGGAGGGAGGAUUUUGGAUUUUAAGGGGAUCACAUGGUUGUUAGGGGGAACAAAGGGGAAAUCAGUCGUCGCCAACAGAGUAUGGUGGGAAUCGUCUAGAAAAUCGACUGCCAAUGAAUAAAAUAAGCAACAAAGCAGGACCUUGGGGGGGGUUCAGGUAAAUUUUAUUAUGACGUAAUCAAAAUCCUCCUAAACCUCUUCCUUUCCUCGUCCCCUAACCGAAGACUGAAGUGAAAAGUAUUAAAACUGUUGGGUCCAAGUUGGGCUCUCUAUGGAUGAAACGUAGAAAAAUAACUUAUUGAAUUCCUUUUUGGAAGACAUUUUCGUUGUAAGGGCUUAGUUAUCCAUGUUUACAAGAAAAAAAUGCUUGAGAACAGGAUGAUUGUACCUUUUGUCUACCAGACUAAACCCUCAAAUAGUCUAUUUGAAGAGUUAAAAUUUAUAUCCGAGACGUAUUCAUUUAUAAAUGGAUUUAUCUUCAUGCUUUUCGUGAAAUUAUUCAGAAAUACACUCGCGUAUGUUAAAAGACCGUUCAAAACUUCUUAGAGA